AUGGUCCGCGACAUCCCUCUGUCCGUCCUGUUCACCUGGCCACAGCCCAACUACGUCGAUCCUGUUACCAGGGGCCCGGCCUUGAUCAUAGUCAACGUCGUGCUUAUAUCCCUAUGUACUCUUCUGCUCUUCCUGCGCUUGUACACGCGUCUCUUCAUCAAAAGGUGGUUCGGCUCGGACGAUAUCUUCAUAAUAUUAGCCUAUAUUUCAACCGUCGGAUUGACUGUUAAUGUAAUCAUCGCCAACAGGCAUUUCUAUUGGGACCGCCAUAUAUGGGACGUCCCCAUCACCGCGUUUACCGGCGUGCUCAAAGUCGCCUUCUCCGCGAAGCUUAUCUUCGUUUACGCCUCCACCUUUACCCGCCAAUCGCUACUAUGCUUUUACUAUCGCCUUGUCGCCGACUCGUCUAUCACUUGGUUUGGCUGGGCUCUGAACGUAACCAUCUUUUUUAACGUAGUAGCCGCUAUCACUUUCACUUGUCUCGGUGUUUGGCAAUGCAAUCCCAUCAGCGCCUACUGGACCUUGUCUCCGCCGGCCGGAGCCUACUGCAUCGACGAGGGCAGGACAGUGCUCGGUAUCGGCAUCGUCAACUGUGUCAUAGACCUCGUCGUCACCACACUACCCAUUCCGCUCGUUAAAAAGCUACAAAUGCCACUUCAGCAGCGUAUGGGCGUCAUGGUCCUGCUGAGUCUGGGCCUCGUCGUCGUCGUCGCCGGCAUCGUCCGCACCUACUACAUCUGGAAAGGCUUGAUCGCAAGCUACGACGAAACCUGGUACACCUUUCCCUUGUGGAUCGCUGCCGCCGUCGAGAUCAACCUGGGCGUGAUUUGCGCGUGCAUGCCGGCCCUGCGUCCGUUCAUCAAGCGCUGUGUCGUCCCCGCUUUCUUUGACGUCAGCAGCCGCAUCUCGAGCCUUAUCUCACGCAGCAGUGCUAGUGGCGGUAGCAACACGCUCCAGAGCUCUCGCUACAGCCGCGGAAACGGAUCGUACCAGAAGUUCGGCAAGGACGAUGACGCUGCGAACAACAACAAUCCAGCAUCAAACCACUCCACGACCGACAACAGCAGCACGCUCAAUAAAGAAAUCGGUGUCAAUUUCCGGCCACCGCCGCCGUCCUUCAGCCGCAACGCCGCAACCGAGCAUCCGCACAUCACAGAAGACCAUACAACCACCACCACCGUCGACAACAAACACGACAAUCACGGAGACGAGACCUCCUUCAUCACACCCCCAGCUACAGGCGGCCGCCACACCCGCAUCGCCGACGAGGAGGAGGGCGGCGGCGGCAGCAGCGACGUCGAACGCGCCACGGCCUACAACACCACCCCACGACUGCCGCUGGCAGCGCCGCACCACUCGCCGCUCCAGAUCACCUGCCGCCAGUCUUUCGAAAUGGUCUCGCUCGACCGCCACCGCUUUUCUGAUGGCCGGCCGCAGCGACAGCAGACAGAACAAGAAGGGCAGAGGCGAGAAUGUUUGGAUCUUGAUCCGAGGGGGAGGGGUGACGGCGCGGCGUUUGGGUGUCAGACGCGGGUUUCGUCGUGUUGUGCGGGUGAUGGCGGCGAGGGGGGUGGUGAGGAGGGUAGGGUAGGUGGGGGGAAGGGGAAGAAGAAGAAGAAGGAAAAAGGGAGCAAGAGAGGAGGAGUACUCCAAAAGAGGAGGAUGAUGGAGGGAAUAGGUUGGGGAUGGCGGUGA